CUCCGCAGGCCCCGCCCCCGCUGCGUGCGCACGUCGGGCCGCCCUCGCGCUCGCCCGCUCGCUAGACUGUUCCUGACAGACGCGCGGAGGCUGCUGCUGACGGACGGACGGACGGACGGACCUGCGGCCGGCCAAGUGGAGCCGAGGCUGGGCCCAAGGAGUAAGGGCAGCAAGAACCACACUCGCAACAAUGUUAAUGGAACUGGAGACCUCCGAGGGGGUAGAAGAGUCAGAGAAACAGAGGUCCGCCCCGAAAAGGGAAACCCCCAGCAGGAUGGCUGACCUCUCUGAGCUCCUAAAGGAAGGGACCAAAGAAGCACAUGACCGGGCAGAAAACACCCAGUUUGUUAAGGACUUCUUGAAAGGCAACAUCAAGAAAGAGCUGUUUAAGCUGGCCACUACUGCACUUUACUUCACAUACUCAGCCCUCGAGGAGGAAAUGGACCGCAACCAGCACCAUCCAGCCUUCGCCCCCUUGUACUUCCCCAUGGAGCUGCACCGGAAGGAGGCACUGAUUAAGGACAUGGAGUAUUUCUUUGGUGAGGACUGGGAGAAGCAGGUGCAGUGCUCUGAGGCCACCCAAAAGUAUGUGGAGCGGAUCCACCAUGUGGGGCAGAAUGAGCCGGAGCUGCUGGUGGCCCAUGCCUAUACCCGCUACAUGGGGGACCUCUCGGGGGGCCAGGUGCUUAAGAAGGUGGCCCAGAGGGCUCUGAAACUCCCCAGCACAGGGGAGGGGACCCAAUUUUACCUGUUUGAGAAUGUGGACAACGCACAACAGUUCAAACAGUUCUACCGGGCCAGGAUGAAUGCCCUGGACCUGAACCUGAAAACCAAAGAGAAGAUUGUGGAGGAGGCCAACAGGGCCUUUGAGUACAACAUGCAGGUAUUCAAUGAACUGGACCAGGCUGGCUCCUUGCUGGCCAAAGAGAUCGUGGAAGAUGGGCUCCCCGUGCACAAUGGGAAAGGAGAUGUGCGUAAAUGCCCCUAUUACACUGCUAACCAAGACAAAGGUGCCCUGGAGGGUAGAAGUUGUCCCGUUGGAACAGCCAUAGCUGUGCUGAGCAAGCCCAGCCUCCAGUUCAUUCUGGCCGCCAGUGUGGCUCUGGCUGCUGGCCUCUUGGCCUGGUACUACAUGUGAAAGACCCAUCACCACAUUGGCGCCCUCCUCCUGAGUGACUGCUGGCCCGCUCCCGCCUCUACCUGUGACAAAACCACCACCCCAGGUGACUUUUUAAAAAUGCUGGGUUUGAGAAAAGCAACCAAUAAAAGCCAGACACUAAA